AUUUAUUAAGCUACAAUGAUAACAAUGUCUCGACUGAGAGACUUCGUGUUCUUGUGCGCGCUAGUGUGUUCGAGCCUAGAUGCCGCAAGAAUCUUGGCCGUAUUUCCAACUCCGUCAAUAAGUCACCAAGUGCCGUUCAGACCCCUUACACAAGAGCUCGCGCGGCGCGGACAUCAGGUGGUAGUGAUCACGCCCGAUCCUGCGUUUCCUAAAGGACAUACACCAGAAAAUUUAACGGAAAUCGACGUACACGACAUAUCCUACGAAAUUUGGCGAAAUGUUAUGUCAAAAAUCGAUAGAGGGAUAGUGGAUGACUCCAGUUCACCUGAGGAAAUGUUCAGUAAAGCACUCAGGAACAUAUUCGAACAGCAAACGUCAGUUUUUGAAGUGAAGGACAUAAUCAAGAAUCAAAAUCAUACUUUUGAUUUACUGUUUGUGGAAGCUUGGUUUAGACAAGCUCUUGGAUUUUCACAUGUUAUUAAAGCACCAGUUAUAGCUGUGAGUUCACUGGGUGCUAUUUUUGAUAAUUACCAUGUUAUUGGAGCACCAACUCAUCCUAUACUGUACCCUGAUUCAAUAAAUUCGCGUUUUUACAACCUGUCUCUUUGGGAAAAGGUUGGCGUAUACGUUACUUCAUUCUCUCUACAAAAUAUACACAAAAAUGCAGAAGCAAAAGAAAAUACUGUCGCCAGAAGAAUAUUUGGUGAAGACACUCCUCCUUUGAGUGAGCUCCAAAAUAAUAUUGAUAUGCUGUUUUUAAACAUCCAUCCUAUUUGGGAGGGCAAUCGUCCUGUGCCUCCCAGCGUGAUUCAUAUUGGAGGGAUACACCAAAGUCCAGAGAAGGAGUUGCCGCAGGACUUAAAACAGUACCUCGACUCAUCCGAGCACGGCGUCAUCUACCUGAGUUUUGGUACAAACGUCGACACUUCAAUGCUGCCCCCAGAGAAAGUGCAAGCCAUCAUAAACGUGUUAUCGCAACUGCCAUACGACGUCCUCUGGAAAUGGAAUCAGGACGAGCUCCCCGGACGAACAAAGAACAUCAGGAUUUCAAAGUGGUUUCCCCAGUCUGACCUCUUAAAACAUCCAAAGAUCAAACUGUUUAUUACGCAAGGAGGCUUGCAAUCAACAGACGAGACACUUAUCGCCGGGGUUCCUGUCGUGGGCAUACCAAUGAUUGGCGACCAGUGGUACAACGUCGAGAAAUACGUGCACCACAGAAUUGGAAAGCAAAUAAACCUUCCCGAUCUCGAUGAAGAAACACUUAAGAGUGCCAUCAAAACUGUUAUUGAAGAUAAAACAUACCGCGAAAACGUAGUGCGCCUGAGAUCCCUGAUGGCGGACCAGCCGAUGAGCCCCCUGGAGCGCGCGGUGUGGUGGACGGAGCACGUGUUGCGGCACGGCGGGCGGCACCUGCGCGCGCCGGCCGCCAAUAUGAGCUGGCGCGAGUACUACGAACUGGACCUAGUACUUAUCAUACUUAGUAUAGUCACGGCUGCAAUUGUGAUUGUAUCGUUAGUAUUAUACAAGACUGUAAGAUUCAUUUUAAGUUUAAGAAAUGUUAAAGCUAAACAGUCAAAAUUAUCAACUUCAUGUGAGUUUGGAACUUUAUGUGAUUCCUUAAUUAAGGAUAGGUUGAUAUGUGGCAUCGCGAGCAAAGCUAUUCGGGAGAGAUUAUUACGUGAAGCCGACUUGACUUUAGAACAAGCUAUGGAGAUUUGUCGAGCGGCUAUAGUAUCUAAAGUGUAUUCGGAAAAAAUUGUUGAAGACUCGCGAGAGAAAUCGAUAAUAAUGUAUGGCAAAUAUCACAAAGAGGAGGUUACGGUCGUGGCCGUGGACGGUUCGCGGGGUCGCGAGGCGGCCGCGGCGCCGCCGCUGGGCGCGGCGCGGGAGCUUGGAGCAGGAGCGGUUGGCGCGCGCAGGACUCGACCGUGUCGGCGCGAGCGGCGGCUGGCGCGGGCGGGAGCGCCGCUGGUGCUCGGUAUAGGUUGUUUGCCUGGUAGUUAUAAAAUUAGAGUGAAUCGCGAAUGCAAGCCUGUGGUGCACGCUCCAAGAAAGGUACCAAUACCAUUGCGAGAAAAACUAAAGGCAAAGUUAGAAGAUAUGGAGCGACAAGAUAUCAUAGCAAAGGUUGAGGGCCCUACUGAUUGGGUCAACAGCAUGACUAUAGUAAAAAAACCAAAUGGAGAUCUUAGGAUAUGUUUAGACCCGAAAGAAUUGAAUCAAGCUAUAAAACGAGAACACUUUAGGUUGCCUACGUUAGACGAAAUAGUUUCGAAUUUGUCAGGGGCUCAGUAUUUUAGCACAUUAGAUGCUACUAAUGGUUUUUGGCAACUGGUUUACAAACCAGGCAAGCAGUUGCAUAUCGCGGACGCGUUAUCGCGCGCCUACGAGCCGCCCGCGGCCUCUUCCAGUGAUCAUCAUGACCUGCAAGACGAACUUACAGAGGCGGUGCACACAGUGUGUGCAUACAAUGAGCUAACUGAUACGCACUAUUUAAUACUACAAAAAGAAACAGAUAGUGAUAGUGAGAUGCAGCUGUUAAGAAAGUAUAUUAGAAAAGGAUGGCCAGAAGAAAAAAAAGACGUAGAAGAUGUUGUGAAGCCAAUAUAUAAUAGUGCUGUGAUUUAUCAAACCACAAUAAUGACAAUGGUUCGACUGAGAGUCUUCUUGUGUUUCUGUACAUUAGUGUGUUCGAGCGUAAAUGCCGCAAGAAUAUUGGCUGUAUUUCCGGUUCCAUCAAUAAGUCACCAAGUAACAUUCAGACCCCUUACACAAGAACUCGCGCGGCGCGGACAUGAGGUGGUAGUGAUCACGCCGGAUCCUGCCUUUCCCAAAGGACAAGCACCAGAAAACCUGACGGAGAUAGACGUACACGACGUCUCCUACGGAACUUGGAGACAGCUUAUGACUAAUGUCAAUAACGGCAAACAAAAUGAUUUCAGUUCACAAUAUGAAGCAUUCGGUGAAGCAGUGAGAACCAUAUUCGAACAGCAAAUGACAGUUUUAGAAGUUCAGAACAUAAUCAAGAACCAAAAUGAUACUUUUGAUUUAUUGAUAGUGGAAGCUUGCGUUAGACAUGCUCUCGGAUUUUCUUAUGUCAUUAAAGUGCCAGUUAUAGCUGUGAGUUCAUUUGGUGCUGUGUUUGAUAAUUACGAUGUUAUUGGAGCUCCAUCUCAUCCUAUGCUGUACCCUGAUGUAAUGAAUUCACGCAUUUACAACCUCUCUUUUUGGGAAAAGAUUAACCUAUACUAUAAUACAUUCACUAUACUGAAUCUUCAUAAAAGCGCAGAAACAAAAGAUAAUGUUGUCGUCAGAAGAAUUUUUGGUAAAGACACUCCUGCUUUGAGUGAACUACAAAAUAAUAUUGAUAUGCUAUUUUUAAACAUUCAUCCUAUAUGGGAAGGCAAUCAUCCUGUGCCUCCCGGUGUCGUUCAUAUUGGAGGAAUACAUCAGAAUCCGGAGAAAAACUUGCCGCAGGACUUACAGCAGUACCUCGAUUCAUCCAAGCACGGUGUUAUCUACCUGAGUUUCGGUUCAAACGUCGACACAUCGAUGCUGCCCCCAGAGAAAGUGCAAACCAUCAUAAACGUGUUCUCGCAACUGCCAUACGACGUCCUCUGGAAAUGGAACCAGGACGAGCUCCCCGGACGAACAAAGAACAUCAGGAUUUCAAAGUGGUUUCCCCAGUCUGACCUCUUAAGACAUCCAAAAAUCAAACUGUUUAUUACACAAGGAGGCUUGCAGUCAACAGACGAGACAAUUAUCGCCGGGGUUCCCGUCGUGGGCAUUCCAAUGUUCGGCGACCAGUGGUACAAUGUCGAGAAAUACGUGCACCACGGAAUUGGGAAGCAAAUAAACCUUCCCGAUCUCGAUGAAGAAAUACUUAAGAGUGCCAUCAAAACUGUUAUUGAAGAUAAAACAUACCGCGAAAACGUGGUGCGCCUGAGAUCCCUGAUGGCGGAUCAGCCGAUGAGCCCCCUGGAGCGCGCGGUGUGGUGGACGGAGCACGUGCUGCGGCACGGCGGGCGGCACCUGCGCGCGCCGGCCGCCAACAUGGACUGGCGCGAGUACUACGAACUGGACCUAAUACUUGUCGUCCUUAGUACAGCCACCACUGCGAUUGUCGCAGUAUCGUUGCUAUUGUACAAAACUAUAAGAGUCAUCUUAGCUUCAAGUAAUGUUAAAGCAAAACGUUUGUAAAUAGUUUAGGAUUUUACUGAUAUAUUUAUUUUAUUUUUAAUAUUGAUGUUUAUGUCGCCUAAAA